CCAGGCUCCCAGUCCUGCUGCAGCCAGGCUGCUCGCGCAAACAUGAGGCCCCUUAUCCUCCUCACCUUCGUUUCGCUGGUCCUUUCUCUUGCUAUUCCGAUCGACCACUCUGGCCUCCUGAACCCAAGCCCUUUUCUCCAGCAGCCCCUCUUUGAAAACACCCAGGCAAAUCCAGAAUCAGAACAGGCUUCGGGCCUCGAAAUCAAUCAUGGUACAUUCAUUCAAGCGGAUAAACCCCGCGUACAAUCCUCAGAUACCAGCCAAACCCACCCUUUGCACACGCAGGAAUCACUGUACGCUCUACUAGAUCGAUACUCGGACGAAUUAUAUGCAGCAGCACUACUUCUUCUUGUCCCAAUUGCAAUUGGGAUCGUUGAGCUUCUUGAAAAUCUCUCACGAUCCAUGGCCGUUGAAGAAUUUCCUGAGCGCGGAAGAGACAAACACCGGCUCGAGUCGCUGAAGGAAAGAGAGGAAUGGGUACUCAGACGAAAGGAACGAGAAUUGAAAAUCGAACGAUCAAGGUCAUGGUGGAGAUGCUCAAGACGUUGAGGGCUCUUCUUUUUUCUUGGAGUCAUGAAUAUGUUCAUUCUAUUCUAUUUUGUCGCAGCAUAACUUCGCGGCAAGGUAUAUAAUGAUACAAAAAGAAGGAAAACUAGUUCAAACGCUUGAUCUCCUCGACAACGGCGGAGGUUACUUCAACGGUUGUGGCCUUUCCACCGAGAUCGGCUGUCAGUACACCAGACUCGCAUACGCGCUCGACACAUUGCAUCAGCUUGUCGGCAGCAGUCUUCUCGCCGAGCCACUCGAGCAUCUCUGCAGCGGUCCAGAAUGUCGCGACCGGGUUGGCGACACCUUUACCCGUGAUGUCGAAGGCGGAUCCGUGGAUGGGUUCGAACAUACUGGGGUUCUGGCGGCUAGGGUCGAGGUUCGAUGUGGGCGCAAUACCGAUGGAGCCUGCAAGGGCAGCGGCAAGAUCGGAAAGAAUAUCGGCGUGCUAUGCCACACAAUUAGUAUCAUAUCAACUGAGACUAGAAG